GAUAAUGUAUUGACGAGAGAGGCUUCGUCGAUCCUCUGCGUGAAACUUUCGCGCGUGGUUGGUGUUGUGAGAAAAAAAAAUUUAUAAAAAAAAAACAGGUAUCAUCAGAUACUCGAAAGAAAGGAUUCAGUGUGCUGGAUUUUGAUGAGUCUUGAAAUUGACGAAUCACGUGUUUUCGCGCGAAACUUGUGACAGUGACUUCGUUCAUUUUUGUAUCAAUUUUGAAAAUCAAAGAGAUUGAUUUUUCGAGAUUUUGAAGUGAAGAAAAAUUGUUUUGUGGCCGAAGAAAAAUUGAUGGUCUGUCAGUUAUCUAUAGUGUCAGUGUUUUCCAAUCGACGGUGGUUUACGAAGCAAGUGUCGGAAAAGGUGAGCAUCUUCACAUUUCGUUUGUUUCCACGUCAUGUUAAAUCCUUUGUGUGGACGAUAAGAGAUUAAAUCGGGAAGAAAAAGCGCUUUCCUUUCUGCAGCGAAGAGAAACAGAAGCGGUUAUGAGAGUUCGAUGAUUAACGGCUCCCGGACUAGAACCACGAUGGACUACUACCUGCGAACCUGGUUCGCUCUCUGCACGAUGAUCCUGGGCUACCACGGCGGACACGCGAUAGACAUAUCACAAUGCAUCGCCCCCUUGGGAAUGGAGUCCGGAGCGAUUCCUGAUGCUGACAUCACUGCCACUUCGAGCUUUGACAGCGGAAACGUGGGACCUCAUCAUGCCCGACUUAAGCAGGAGAGUCAUGGGGGAGCAUGGUGCCCAAAGCAACAGAUUACUACCGAGCCACGUGAGUGGCUGGAGAUUGAUCUGCAUACGGUACAUUUGAUCACCGGUACUGCCACUCAGGGACGCUUCGGUAAUGGGCAAGGUGUCGAGUAUGCCGAAGCUUAUCUCCUCGAGUAUUGGAGACCAAGAUUGGGCAAGUGGGUCCGCUACAGGAACAUCCGUGGCGAAGAGGUGAUCAAAGGGAACAGCAAUACCUACAUAGAAUCGAAACUAGAUCUGGAGCCUCCGAUCUGGGCAAGCAAGAUUCGUUUUCUGCCGUACAGUUACCACCGUCGCACGGUCUGCAUGCGAGUCGAAUUGUAUGGUUGUCCAUGGAACGAUGGAAUCGUUUCGUACUCGAUCCCACAAGGGGAUAAACGAGGAAACUGGGAAUUCUUCGACGCGACUUAUGACGGUCACUGGGACGGGGAACUUCGUCGGGGUCUUGGGCAACUCACGGACGGCAAAACAGGGCCCGAUAACUUCAAGAUGGGUUAUUACGACAGCGAUCGAGGUCAAGGGUGGGUGGGUUGGAGGAACGACAGUAAGUCCUCACAUCCUCUGGAAGUCAAGUUCGAAUUUGACCACGUCAGGGAAUUCUCCGCUGUUCAUAUCUUCUGCAACAAUCAGUUCACCAAAGAUGUUCAGGUAUUUUCAGAAGUGAGCAUACUGUUCAGCAUGGGUGGUAAAUACUACUAUGGUGAUCCAAUCGUGUAUGAGACAAUUGAGGAUAGGAUCUUUGAGACCUCGAGAAAUAUCACGAUUAAGCUGCACCAUCGCAUCGGAAAGUUCGUCAAGCUGAAGUUUGGGUUCGCCUCGCGCUGGAUUAUGAUCAGCGAGAUCACCUUUGACUCUGACAUCGCUCAUGGAAACUUCACUCCGGAAUUGCCUCCUUCAACGGAAGCACCUCGAAUAAAGGACAGAAGUUCGGCUCGCGAUACGCCUCUUCAAGCCGAAGUACCUGUUUCCACUGCGAAGCAAGACGAUCCCACCUAUAUGGCUGUGAUAAUAGGAGUUUUGACAGCGGUCAUUCUCCUCUUAGCUGUAGCAAUCUUCCUGAUCGUGAGUCGGCACAGACAGCGAAAGAACUUUGCGAGUCCUCUAGGAGCGAAAAGCGCCAUUCCCUCAGGAAAUCAUCAUCAUUUGUCUUCAGAGUCCGCUUACGGCACCACCGAGAAAGAUCCAUCACUGAUGACGUAUAGGGUCGAGGACCUCGAUGACAGGUAUUCAGGCGCCAAACUCACCACCCUUCCUCGGGACUUGAACGAUCGGCUUCUUGGUGACGUCAGACUAGACGAAUACCAGGAACCCUUUCACGAGAACAAAUAUCGGGAGCAGCCACAUACUGCCUACUACGGAUACAGUACUGUCGUCAUAGACAACAAGGACCUGCACGACAACAUUGAACAGUCCGAUGCAACCUACGACUAUGCAGUACCCAUGCCUGUGCCUAGUGUUAGCAGUGAUCAGGAUAGUGUCUUUUCCAAGUCCUCCAGAGGUAGCGCAAAGGCGUGCUUGCAGAGCUUUUUUCCACCACCUCCUCCUCCAAUGAGCGCUCCACCGCGAGGCACCAACAAUCUGACGUACUCUAGUCCGCCGAGUCCUGAACCGGUUUGCGAACGCGAGCGACGGGGCAGCAAGCGACGAGAGCAUUCUCUGCAUAGAUUUGCGUAAGGUCGCCGAAUGCUCCUGCAUUGGUUUGGGUAGGAGCCUUCGGUCUCCGAGCGCCGGAUCGACAAGAUCUUCAAACUCACUUUCAAAUCCCUCACACAUCCUUCGCACAAUUCAUCGAAAAUCGUAAGCAAGAUACAGUCACCCUAACAGCAUCUUUAUAUCCAUCUUUCUAUUCCACCACAUCACUUUUAAUACUCAAACCUUUUCGAAAAAGGUCAAGUUUCAAUUGCAGAAUUUAUUUUUUAACCCUUGCUGUUCAUGUGAGUCAAGGCGAGUAAUAUUCAAGUCAGAGACUUGAAAAACUGAGCUUCUCUUUUCUAUGAUCCGGUUUCAUCAAUGAAUGUGUUUGAUGAAAUUUUCCUGGAGAAGGAAUUCAAUUUCUAAAGUUUUAUAAAAGUGCAACACUUUUUUCAGUGUUUCAGUAUUUAUGCUACCUUGAAUUCCUUCUUUAGGUGUACAGUAGUUUGUAAGGUACAAUUUCGAUAAUCGCUUCGGCGGUUAGUGAACUAAAAUUAUUGGCAUAUCAUCUAGGAAACUGACACUUCCGGAAAUUCGAAAUUCGAAAUAAACUCUGAGGAAUUUUCAUAGGGUGUCCAUCUGACCCGGAAUUCCUCAAAUACCAGACAAAAACCACGUAACUUUGUUUUCAUUUUGCAGUUUUUUUUUUUAUAAAACUAUUUUAUUUAGUUUCGUGAAUAGUUUUUCUCUUCGUAUAAGCGACCAAUAAAAGCUGCCUUUGUGGGAAAAUGUAUGAGGGCGAAAUUAUUUGAGGUCGAAUUUCCAGCAGGAGUCACUUUUAUUGUAUACACAAUGUUAAAUAAUUAUAUACGCCUCGGUCAGUUCUCGCUCCCAGACUGCCAAAAACACAAAUGGUAGCGAGCAUCGAUCGUCUCUCGAAUAGAAGACUGACUCGUCGUAUGAACAAAAAAUUGAUAACUCAGUCCCACGCGAUGUGUUUAUUUAUUGCUUGUACAGCGCCUCGUUGAGGGACUUUUUAAUUUAUAAUUGUAUAAAUGCGUAGAAACGUAAUCAUUAGGCAUAAUUGGUGAAUGGCGGAAGAAAAGUAUUUGUCGAAUCAAUUUAUUCUUUCAGUUCACGGAAUUUGGCAACUAAAUUAUUAAUUUAUUAUCUGGAGCAUUAAUUUUUAUUUAAAAUUCUUGUAUUUAAAGCUUAUUCUUUUAAGUUUUAGUUUUUAGGUUCUUUUAAUUUAAUAUACUGCUCAAUGUUGGUUUCUCACUUCGACAAAACUUUCCUCUACGUAGUUCUCUUUCUCGGGCCUGUCCAGCGAAAAAAAGUUCCAGAUGUGAGUUUUCCGCAUCACCUCUCCACUUUUUACUCUACUCUCGAGAGUGAGCAGUGAGAAGUGGUGGUGGAAAUGCACCGUCUGGACUCUGAUCCACCUCCGCUCUUCAUUCUCCCCUCUCUAAUUCAUACUCUGCUCUCGAGAGUGAGCAGCGAGAAGUGGUGGUGGAAUUUCUCCAUCUGGAUUUUGAAUACAUUUUUGCUCGCUGAAGAGGCCUGCUCAAUCUCUACCGUCUCAGCCUUCAUGUGACAAUUAGAGUUGGAAUCGCGACAAACGGAACUUUUUUUUUUUAACGGAGAAUCGACAAUACAGGGAUGAGACAACAAUAAUAACUAACUCAUUUGUAGGAACCCGACCACAUUGUGAUAUAAAACAAAUCGAUAGAUGUCGUGUCAAGGUGGCAACGCUUUGCGUGACUCUUUAUCUUGAAGGAAAUCCGUUGUUUCUAUAUAGUAAAGUAUGCUUUAUAUAGGUAUAGAAACAGAAAACGGAUCAUCAAUCUUCUACAACGACUGCGAAAAUAACUAUGGUAUUAAUUAGUUAAACUCAAUGUGCAACGUAGAACUUUUUGCCUAUCAUUUAUACAGCCAGGUAAAUAUUAUCUUAGGUUUGGGCGAUAUCGAUUUGAUUAUUUUU